UUUCAGAGAUUUUCGUAGUUGGACAAAUCGUAAGAAAAUGACAGGAAAUUCUCCGGAGCCAGAUUUGGGUCGUGCGCCUGAGAAUGGGGACGAAAAUAACCCAGCCCACGACGAGUUCAACGCUGAUUUAACCGAUAGAGACCUGGCUGAAGUAGAAGAUAGUGAAGAGCCACAAGAAAUCAGACCAAAUGGUUAUGAACUUCUACCAACUUCAAACUGUGAAAAUGAAGAUGACAAUGAAGAUGACAAUGAAGAUGACAAUGAAGAUGACAAUGUGGAAUUUGGAUACAGCACUUAUGAUGGUCAGGAAUUCCAGAUUAGAACAAGCCAUGAUUACCAUAACCUAGUGACAAUAGAAACUUCAACUCCAGCUGUUAGCUGUAGUGAAAAACCUAGCAUUCCACUUGAUACUACACAAAUUGAAACUAUAAAGUCAAUAAUGUCAAAAGUAAUACUUCCCAAUUCAGCUAUUCCAGUUUGGGCUCAUUCCAUAACUGAUGAACAACUUAAGCAGGUGGUUGAUGAGAAAGUUGGGAAGGAGGUAGAUGAUACCUGGGCAGUGUUUGAUUAAAUUUUGCAAAUUCAAAUUUGGAAAGUCAUGAUCUUGAAUAAACUGUAUAGCAAAA